UGUAUGAUAUCCUAUAAUUAUAUAGGAUAUGGUUUAUCCUAUAAUUAUUUAACAAAACAAAAUUUUAUGCAGUAGAAGAGCGGAGAAUUUGAUGUUCCUACUAUCUCGCCGCCAGUGUCAAUUGUUACGCUCCUGGCGUAUGAUAUCUGUGUGAACUGGUGUGAACUUUCGAGAAGUGCGGGUAUACGCGAAUAAUUUUGUGUCAAAUCUUAUCGAAUGAUCUGAGUCUUUGUUAAUUCUAGGAAAAACAGUACAAUGGCUAGUGAAGAAACUUCUACAGAAAUAGAGAAUAACGUAAUGCCAGUUCCAAAAACAAGGUACGACUGGUAUCAGACGGAGACUCAUGUUAUAGUUACGAUUCUCGCGAAGAAUACUCAGAAUGUUAAAAUUAUCUACGACAAAAACACGUUAAGCGUGUCAGCUUUAUUGCCGUCAGGAAACGAUUAUAGUUUGGAGUUAGAUUUAGCUCAUUCCAUAGUACCAGAUCAGAGUUCGCAUAAAGUGUUUCCAUCCAAAAUAGAAAUCAAGUUGAAAAAACAAGAUGGCAUCAGAUGGACUGCCUUAGAAGGAAAUCCAGUUGUACAGAAUAUAGUUCAGCCUAUACCACAAGAAAUUCUACAAGCUGGUAAUCAUCCACCAAAGUAUCCUAGUUCUAGUAAGAAGUCACCGGAUUGGAAUAAGGUAGAGAAAGAAAUCGAGAAACAGGAGGCAGAGGAAAAGCCUACUGGUGAAGCUGCUUUGAAUGCUUUGUUCCAACAGAUAUAUGGUAGUGGCUCUGAUGAAGUUAGACGUGCGAUGAAUAAAUCGUUUCAAGAGUCUGGUGGUACAGUCCUGAGUACUAAUUGGUCGGAAGUAGGAAAAGGAAAAGUUGAAAGGAAACCUCCAGAUGGCAUGGAGUGGAAACCUUGGAAUACGUAAAAUGGUCGACAUAACUAAUAUUUAAAUUGCUUACUAUUUAAAAAAUACUUUCAUUU